CCCCGGAAGACUUGCAUAAACAACCCGCUGAGGUGCACGCAGCCACUAAAAAGGACACGGAAAAAUCUUUAUAAAUAACAUUUUGCAAUCUUGUAAAUAUGAACAAAGUUGUCGGCGCCUUACGGAGGACAUUUGGCAUAGUACGCGAGCACGUCGGGACAGAUCAUUUGGGGAAUAAGUACUACUUUGUACCCGAACAGAAGACAUGGACAGGGAGGCAUGUCCAUGCCAAGAGGAUGGUGCAGGCCUUCAAUCCGAUAGAGUUUGAAUACAUGGAAGGCAGCAUACCAACAGAGUGGGACGCUUGGAUCCGAGGCAGAAGGAAGGAGCCUCCCUCUGUUGAGGAGUUGGCAAAGAACGAGGCCUACAGGCAGCAGAUCAAGCUGAAGGCCAAGGAGUGCGAGGAGAAAGACGCUCUCCUCAAAGUGAAGGAAUUCAAAGACGGUCUGGUGGCGAUGCCUUCCAAAACGGUGGCGAAGGGUCACGCGGCCGCCACCAGCUUUGGCAAGGAAGACAUCAGCGAGGAGCCCACGAGUACCGCCAACACCUUUCAGCCGGGCUCCUGGCGGCCUAAUCCCAAAAAUUAAAGACUAAAAAUACGUCCACCAUGGACAGUACUGUGCAACACAAUCUGAUGGGAAUCUUUUUUUUUUUUUUUUACAGCUCCUGCAUUGGAUCACUAUAGAUUGUACAGGUGUACCUAAUAAAGUGGCAAGGUCUGUCAAUAAACAAGGCUGACAGCAACAUGAAGGUACUUCGCUGAAAUUGUAUUCCAGUACAAGUAAAAGCCUCUUCAAGUAUAAGUAAAAAAAAGAUUAAAAUCCACUUGGAUUACUUUUUAAGGGUAGUUGGUCUCCUGUGUACUGCCGAAAUGGAAAAAGUGAUGAAGUAUAAAAACAUGUGUUCUUUAUUAUUGUUGCAUUAAUAAAAUAA